GGGCCACGUAAACUACUACUGUACAGGCUAGCAACAUGGCAGCCUCCACAAAAUUACUUACUCGCUGCAAUGGUCUAUCGAUUUGUGUCUUAAUGCUCUUGGUAGGUGCUUAUAUUUUCCAUGCACAUGGACAGGUGGAUGACCAUGAUGACCACCCACAUGAGCCUCCAUCUUUUAAGUAUAGUAGAGAAGCAAAUUUAGAUGCAAAGAAGCCACAACCCAAAUCUCAUCACGGACACGCCCACAACCACCACGGACACGCCCACAGCGAUCAUGGACACGCCCACAGCGAUCAUGGACACGCCCACAAUGAUCACGGACAUGCCCACAGUGAUCACGGACAUGCCCACAGUGAUCAUGGUCAUACCCACAGCGAUCACGGUCAUGCCCACAGUGAUCACGGUCAUGCCAAACGCGACCAUGGACAUGCACAUGAUACUGCCCAUGGUCAUUCACAUGAAGAAAAUAAGGGAGAUGCAAAUCAAAUCCUAAAGGAAUUCAGCAAUAAUGUCCACUCAAGUGAAGAACCACAUUCAAAACGAGGAUCUCCUAGUGGAUUAUGGAUGAAAGCUAUUGGGGCAACUGCAUUGAUCAGUGCAGCUCCAGUUCUUAUUUUAUUAUUUAUCCCCUUGGAAAAUGCAAAUGAGCAUCAGCAACUGCUGAAAGUGCUUCUCAGUUUUGCAUCAGGGGGCCUCCUUGGUGAUGCCUUUUUACAUUUAAUUCCUCAUGCUAUAUCUCCCCAUUCCCAUGGUGAAGAUGAGAAUGGACAUGAGCAUAGUCAUGGCCAUUCACAUGAUAAAGCUCAUGGUCAUGACAUGCGAGUAGGUUUGUGGGUCCUUACUGGAAUUAUUGCAUUCCUAAUUGUUGAAAAGUUUGUGAGAUAUGUAAAAGGUGAUCAUGGACAUUCUCAUGCUGCACCAAAAGGUUCACCCAAAAAAGCUGUAGAAAAACCCACAACUUCAAAGGAAAAAAAAAAGGAAAAGGUCAGUGAUGAGGAUGAAGAUAACAAAGGCGAUGGACAUUCCAAAAAGGGUUGGUAUUUGUAUUUUAUUUAAGAAGAAAUAAAUAUCUAAUUUAUUUGCAUGCAGUGUUAUGUUAGUCCAUGUGGAUAAGCAUGAUACACCCAUAUUUGGUUUUUUAUUUCCAAGUUAUAAUUACUGUUUAUCAGUUGGUGUAUGUGCACAGGAUUAUUUAUAUUUCCCACUGAAUGAACUAAUACUAAUAUCAUCAUUUAAAGUUAGAUAAUUUAUUCAGUUAAGUUAUUAAGAAAAUUGGAUGACUCAUUUAAUUUAAAUGUUACUUCUGUCAAAUACAAUUGACUGCAUAUAUUAAAUAUAUAUUGACAGCAUAUAUAGAAAUUGACCUUAGGCAUUUAGUUUGGUGCUACAUUGAAAACAUUUCAUGCUUCUGUGACAUAAAAUUUUGAAUAUUUAUAUAUAUACUGGCAUACUGAGUAGGUGAAGAAUGCAAAAAUACACUUUUCUGUCUGUACUAGUGUGCAUCUAUUUAUGAAUCUAAGACCCAUACACAAUGAUAAUUAAAUGUCUAUUUACCAUAACCCAAUUUCUUAUACCGGCUACAAAGUGUCCUUAGUGUUGAAAGGAUGCUUAUCAGGUAAGGGUGUGUUCAGUCAGUCUUAAAAUAUGUGGUCAUUGCCUACCUUAAACUAAACUGAAAAAAUAUUUUUUUUAAAAAAUUCUUCUUGUACCGGUGAAAAAAAUUAUCUGUUGUAGUGAAGGCUUUUUUUGAUACAGACCCUUGUUGUCUAUUUUGAUUUGUGAAUUUUAUGUUGUAUUAUUUACAAAUAUUGAGUGUAUAAAUUUAAUUAGCAAUUUUUAAUGUAUUAAUAACUUAAUUUAUAACAGUUGCCACACCAAGCACAUCAGGCUCAGAUAUCAAGGUGGCUGGAUAUUUGAAUUUAGCUGCUGAUUUUGCCCACAACUUUACAGAUGGUCUUGCAAUCGGUGCAUCAUUUCUAGCUGGUCAAAGUGUAGGUGUAAUAACGACUGUUACAAUUUUUCUACAUGAAAUUCCACAUGAGAUUGGCGACUUUGCAAUUCUCAUUCAGUCUGGUUGUAGCAAGAAAAAGGUAUGAAACAAAUCCUUAUAAUAACUUAUAUUAAUUUUUAACUACCGGUACUGGGUAGUAAUAACUUGCCAAAAUUAACAAGGGAUAGAUAAUUAUUUAUAAAAAUAAUUCUUUAUAAAUAAUUUACUGUAACUGUAACUAUAGGAUUUCUCAUAGAGAUUUCAUGGAAAUGAGCGCAUAAUCCUUAGCAUAUUUUUCAUUUGAUAUUGUUAUGGUUUUAGGGAAAAAGAAUUAGUAAAUUGGAGUGAUUUAUGCAUAAACUCAUAGCUACAAUUAAUCUAGGUAGUUAGAGACUGGCAGGUAGAGAAUGACAGAUAGAGGUAGAGACUGACAGAUAGAGGUAGAGACUGGCAGGUAGAAACUGGUAGGUAGAGGUAGAGACUGGCAUCAAGAGGUAGAGACUGGCAUGAAGAGGUUUGAGUGGUAAACUCUUCUUCUUGGCUAAAGUUGACAGUCUUCUGUUUUUUAAUAAGACAGCUUCAGGGUAAGACUAGCUUGGCACACACCUAUAUUGUUUGCAUUUGCCGAAGUGCAGGCUGGGGUCCAUUAUUUUUUUAUCAUGAUGUACUUUUAAACCUUAAACCUCUAGAACUGCACAUCUAACCUAUAGAUUUUUUUUCAUUUGCUACUUGUAGGCCAUGAUGCUACAAUUUUCUACUGCCAUUGGAGCCAUGGUUGGAACAAUUUGUAGUUUAUCGAUGGAAGGUAUCGGAGAAGCUGCUACUGCUUGGAUUUUGCCAUUCACUGCUGGAGGCUUCAUCUACAUUGCUACUGUCUCUGUCAUUCCUGAACUACUGGAAGAUUCCAAGAUAGUGCAAAGCAUCAAAGAAAUAUUAGCUUUAUUAGUAGGAGUUUAUAUGAUGGUCCUUAUUGCAGAGUAUGAAUAAAUGAGUUCUCUGUUUAGCUUGUUCACAUCAGAUGAUGACAAGAACAACAAUUACUUGAACUUGAACACUUUAAAACAGUGUCUGAACUGUCUGUAUGGUUGAGGAUUAUAAUUGUAUGCUAAGGUGUUGUUUUUCUUUAAUAGCUUUUCUCUUAUCCUAUCUAGUUCAAAAAGAAGAGUUUCUCUAAAUAAUUAGAUUAAAAGGCAUGAAUUGAAUGUAAGGCUAAAAAAAUAUAUUUUCAUAGCUUUACAAGUCAUAGCAACUGAAAUUUUUUUAUAUUUUCAGCAAAUAUGAUCCUAAUCUUAAAAAAAUCUUCAGCUUCUCUCUACACACAAAUGCUCAAUUUUUGCCUGUAUCAUAUGAGAAAAGUUAACUAAAUGUUUACCAGGUGUUUAAAAAUGAUUUAAUUUUAAACUACCGGUAUUAAAACUGUUAUCUGACUUCCAGCCUAAUUACUAUUUUUAAGUUUAAUUUCCUAAGCCUAAACUCUCCAAAUUAGUAUUCUCCUAUCCUUGUUUUUUUAACUGCUCAAAGACUGAAUGUGUUCAUUGCCAAAUUUAUUGUAUUGUCAUUUGUAGCUUAUAAAUAAAUUUACAUUUACUAUUAUGCUACCGAAUUUAUCUAUGAGUUCACAUAAUUUGUCUUGUUAUUUUCAGUCAGUGUCUGUAGUAUUAAUAGUAUUAUUAGCACAUUUUUUUGUUUUUUAAAAAUAAAAAAAAGGGUCAAAUAAAGCUCCAUGUCAGAAAGUUUGUAUCUUGUUAAAACAGGGUAUUAAAUUAAAAUGAAUCUCACAACUCCACUAAUUUCCAGUUCAAUUGACUAGGGCUAUUUUAAUGGUCAUACAUUUUAUAUUACUUAUAUUUUUCUUUAUUAUUAAUUUCAUAUUAUUUCAUUAAUCUCAUGCUCAGAUUUAAAAAUAAUGGUUAUAAAUGUUCCAACAAUGGUAUUGCUGCUGCUUUUAGUUUACAUUGAAACAGCCUUGAAAAGUUUUUAAAAAUAAUUUUUUUAAGUGGCUACAGGUAGUAGCAAUAGUAAUAAAAAUAAAGUAACACGUUUUAAAAUUUGUUUUUAUUUCUCUAACUCGUCGUAAGAUAGCAGACCUGAUUAUGGGAUAAUUUAAUUUCAAAAUAAUUACGGUUAGAAUUAUGUUUUUAAGUUCUUGGAAAAAAGAGGUUGGGGAUAUCAUAUAAAUAAUCAGAAUGUUGUUAGUAAAUGGGAGCAUUUAAAAAAAAUAUUUUUUUUUUAGACUCUUCAGUAUGUUGCGUUAUUUAUAAGUUAAUUGAUAACAAUUUAUAAAUAUGUUUUCUAUAUUUAAAACUUAACAAUUAUUUUGUUCACUUUGUUUAAAAAAGAAGGGGGCAGGGGGUUAAACUGAAUUAAGACUAGGGCUCUUUUAACUUGGUUAAAUUGUAAUUGUAGUAGUAGUAGAGGGUGUAGACAAGUAGUUUGAAGUGGAAGCUUAUACCGGGUAUAAGUUAUAUCUAUAUUUUUACACAAUUUUGUGUAUGCUAACUGAAAAUGAAAAUCUAAAAAAUGUUUAGGGGAUUAAAUUAUUUUAAAACUAAUUUAAGCACUUCCUAAGAUGGCAAAUGAGCUGUCCUGUAAAUAAAUCAUAUCAUAUAUAAUAAAGACCCAUUCCUUGUACAUGCAAAGUUUGUAAUUUUACCAAGUAAUUAAUAAGUUUUAAAUAAAUAUGUUAUGUUUUAGGGCAAACAUCUUUAAGCACUGACAAAAAAUAUAUUACUAAAAUUACUGGUAGCUUAAAAUGUUUACGCACUGUGAUGAUUAUAAAGGAAAUUUACAAAAUGCAUUGUUAAUAUUUUAACUUAAACACUAAUCAAGAUUUUGACACGUAAGAGCUUUCAGUUUUCAGUGGCUUACUUAUGAGGGUGCAAAGUGUGUGAGUUUGACCUCCUCGGAUGGAACAUAUGGGGUUUAUAUUUAACAAUAAUAAUUAUAUGUAAUGUAAAUGAUGUGUGUGUUGAGGGGCCCACUUUUUAGGUGUUCGCGCUGUUAGGCAUCUAGUCAAGGUAUACCACUGAGAGCUUUGUAAUUGAUUUAUUAUGUGUAAAUAUUUUUUUUGUAUUACCGGUACAUAGCCUAAUGGAAGGGUAUGAUUUCUGUUAAUUAUCAUUUUUUGGUGAUGGUCAUAUUUCUUGUUGAAUUAAACCAUUCAAAGGUUUACAAAAUAUGCUAACAUUUUUUUGUCCUUGCUCCGAAUGUCAAUAAAAUUAAAAUAUACAUGAGUUUUGGGGUUAUCUUUCCAUUUCUUUUGAAUGUUACUGGAGUACAGAAAAAAUGGAUACCAAUACCUUUGGGAAACUUAUAAUUUAAUUCUUAUAUAAUCUUGCAAAGCUCCAGUGUUUUAACACAAUAUAAUUUAAUAUAAAUCUUAUUGACAGUAUAAGACCAUCCAUCCCUGUGGUGCUACAGCCCAUGUAGGGCUUUGGCCUGCCUCACUACUUCCUUCCACUCAGACCAAACUAAUGCUCUUCUUGUCCAAACUUGGAUUCCCAGCUACUGCAGAUCUUUUCCCCACAUCAUCCAUCUAGGACUAGGUCUGCCUUUGAGCCGUUUUCCUCUGGGGUUUUGGUGGUGUACCCUCUUCACUCCUCUGUUAUUCUUUCAAAGUGUCCUGCCCAGCGAAGCCUACCCUUUUUUAUUUCUGCUACUAGCCUGGGAUCCUGAUUGUACAAUCCCUAGCUGGUUCGUAUACUCCAUCCAUAUUCAUCCUUUGUUGGUCCAUACAUUUUCCGGAGAACUUUUCUCUCCAAUGUUUUUAAUUAUUAAUAGGUUUUCUGCCGUUUUUGUUAG